GGCUGCUUUGAGCGGAGAAUUUCGGAGUUUCCAUUUGGGCUUCUUCCAUCGGCCCGGCGGUCCGUCCACAGCUAAGUAGAGUAUCUCACUUCCCAUGUCGCUACCAGCUGCUGUGGAACUGAUAUCAAAACACAUUCUGGCGCGCGUAUCUGCUGGUAGUAAGAAGCCAAUCUUCGCUGCCAUCCAGGGCCCUCAAGGUUCUGGGAAAUCGUACCUUACUGGCCUAACACAAAAGCUCCUUACUGAUUCACCGCAUCUACUUCGAGUUGCCGUACUAUCGAUAGAUGAUAUCUAUCUUUCUCACGACGAACUUGUCUCCCUUGCCCUCCAGCAUCCCUCUAACCCUCUCUGGAAAGGAAGAGGACAACCUGGUACUCACGAUGUUGCACUGGGUGUUCGAGUACUACAGUCUCUGAAGGAAGGACGUGAGGCGGUUGAUAUACCCAGGUUUGACAAGAGCCUGUUUAAUGGCGAAGGCGAUAGACUUCCUAUGGAUGGAAGCAAUUCCGUGGAACCUCCUGUAGACGUCGUCAUCAUGGAAGGCUGGUGUUUGGGGUUCUAUCCUAUCUCGCAAGCAAGACUAGCCGAAAAAUGGGACGGGAUAUGGAAAGAACAGAAAAUCGCAUUAGCUCUGCAGGACGAACUACUAGGAUCCAAGGAUUGUUUGCAAGAUAUCAAUCUGGCUUUGAAGUCUUAUAUUGAUUUAUGGGCUUUCUUUGACGUUUUCGUUCAGAUUCAACCAACGCCGCUCACCCGAAGCCACUCACCAUACUCGGUAAUAUACCAGUGGCGCCUUGAACAGGAACACUUUAUGAAGGCUAGCAACGGCGGCAAAGGGAUGUCUGACGAUGCCGUCAAAUUAUUCGUGGACCGAUACAUUCCCGGCUAUGUUUUCUUUGGCCAGGGCGUUACCGAAGGGUUCACCGACAACGGACCUUGUUUACCGCCGUGGUUAGGGAACGGACUUCGGAUUAUCGUCGAUGAAAAGAGGCAGGUCACGGAAGUUCAACAGUUCUGAUACCAGUUUGAUACCUCACCUGUAUGGGCUGUGAUGCGCGGGGGCUCGCGAUCAUCAAUAUAUUCAUCAAUGGAUAACCCGGACAACUCGGAAAAGCGCUGCUUAUAGAUUACGCGCAGCAUUCAAUGUUAUAAUCCCUCGCAGAUUCUACUGCGCCCGAGACCGUAAGCCCGAUCUAUGCCGAUGGCGUCGCGCCCGUUCACUUUU